AGGGGAGGAUGUAAGCCACUAUACUAGCCCAUCUAACGUUUUACAGUCGCACUUAAGUGUCUUUUUAUUGAAAUAAUAAAAUAAACAUGUCGCUAACGAAUUAUUAUUCCAUGAUGGGGCUCCAGACUGAGGAGCCGUACGGUGCACAUUUCAUCCCGGGAGGCUUGCAGGGUUCGACGGCCGGCUGUGCGAAGCCAUCCCGGGGAGCUGAGGAGGAAGGGACCCCCGCCUCACACAUUCCGGAUUUUUCACAUUUUUCCAACAAACAAACGAGCUUAAAUGGCUUCUCUCCCUGGACUAACACCUCUACGUCCUCGUCGCCCUCUUCUCCGCAGCUGCAUUCCAACCCCGGCGCGUCCAUCCCCGGCCUUUUCCAUCCACAUCACCUUCUGACUCACCACCACCACCCGUACUACAGCCCGCAGACGCAGACCCACGCCGAGCACCUCGCAUCAUCGGCAGCUGCUGAGAGCAGAUUCGUCCGCUGCUGGGAGGGGGCGACUCCCUCUUCGGAGACCUCUCUGUCACAUACCGGUUUUCCCGGGUGUCUCCCUACUCAGGGUGACCUCUCCAAUUCGAGCCCGAGGUAUGACGCGGUAAAACCCGAGAGUUCGCCACCGCCACCGCCACACGAGGACAGCCCCGAGGACUCUAGCUUCGGCAGCCCAGCUGAGGUGGUCCUCGAGCGGCUUGGGACAGUUGAGGAGCUCGGUAGGAAGACGGAGCCCAAAAAGGAGGUAGAGGAGAGAAAACCUCAGCCACAGCUUGACCCGGAAAAUCCUUCAGCCAGUUGGAUCCAUGCCAAGUCCACUAGGAAGAAAAGGUGUCCUUACACCAAACACCAGACGCUGGAGCUGGAGAAGGAGUUUCUGUACAACAUGUACCUGACCAGGGACCGGCGCCUGGAGGUGGCAGGACUCUUAAAUCUGACUGAGAGGCAGGUUAAAAUCUGGUUCCAGAACAGACGGAUGAAGAUGAAGAAACUGAUGACCCGGGACAGGAGGAGUAUCAAUGAAUGAAUGAAUGGGUGGAUGGAUGAAUGAAUGAAGUAAAAAAAAAAAUGAAUGAAUGAAUGAAUGAACAAGGACUUUGGAAAAGAUGCUUGGGUUGUUUUAUCUGGGAUAUCAGUCAAGUUUACAGCUGGUGAAAGCGCUCCAAGCUGCCCCAAAAUGAAACCCACAGCUGGCUUAAUCAGCAGUUUCUAAGCAAGGGGACUGUGGAACCAACAUGGCCCCUUGAAAACUGCAGUGCUGAGAAUCUGCAGGGGAUACUAGUAGGAUGUGUGGUAAAACUCGUUGGAAACUUUGGAAAAAAUAUGGUCCUGUCUUAUCCUUUUGGCCUUUUCGUGGCCGGUCUUCUGAACUCUGGUGGAGAAUUCUUCCAUCUGCAUGUUGCAAAAUAAGGAUAGUAACCCUGUAACCUGGGGUAGUUGUAAAUAAAGCUCAGAAUCACAGCGAGAUCCAUAAAUCAAAUAAAAAAACACACUAGUUGAUAUCAAAGGCCGUGCUCAUUUCAAAAACACAUCUGUUUUUAGUUAUACAUCCCACGUGUCCAAAUCUUAAACUACUAGACACACACUUGACUUCACAUACUGUAAAUUGGCUUGUGCUUUCUGCCAAAAUCCAAAUCUUGUUUUGUGAUUUAGUGCCCAAACUAUCGUCCUUGUAAAAACUGCUUUCAGUGUGCCAGAUGAGACUGAACUGCAAGGCAACUAUCAAAGAUAAAUCCCUUGAGUGGGUUUAUGACCAAACACCUGUCUGUUAGCGACGGAAAAAACAGUCGCAGAGUGUUUAUCCAACAUUAGAAUAAAACACUUUAAGAACCGAAAUCCUAAACAAACAGAAGCCUGACACUUAAAACGGUCUAUUGCCUUAAGGAGAGGAGAGCAACACAAACCUCGAAAGAUUAAUGAGUGAGUUUCAGCAGUAUCGAAUGGAAAAAAAGGGAAAUAGUAGCAACUGAUUUACUGAACCCUCUGUUGGCUUUUAUUUGAAGGGAAAGAUGUUAUUAUUUCUGGUUAAAAAUAUGAAGUCAUUUGCAAGAACUGAAAGUACAUUUACUGUGGCUGCACUUACUGUGGAUGUGUUGUUAUUCAGCCUCAUUGCUUCUGGUAGACAAUAACACAACCCUGCAUCUGUCACAUGUCAAGUGUUCCACAAGAUGUUUAAUGCACAUGGUUGAUUACACCAUGAAAAGCAUCUGAAACUACAUGUUCUCAAUGUGAGUUUUUAAAAUAUGAUUUAUAAGGCAUUCAAAUGUUAUAAAUCACAUGUGCUACUUUGCAAGAGUUACUUCUGCUGAGAAAAAUGUCCUUUUACACUUAAAAAUCCAACAUCAUGCCUCUUUAGAGUAUUAAUUAACCACUUUAGACUAUAUUGUAAUAGGAAUGGAAACUUUAUUUCUGCUAGAAAGCUGAAUAGGCACACAAAAACAACAACAUUAAGGCGCGAGAUUAUAAUAGUGGCUGUGGGUGCUGUGCUGUAUCCAAUACAAUUUUAUAUCAGCUCUUGUCAGCAACUUGCCAAGAGAAAGGCAUUUGGUUUCUUUAUUCAGAAAAAAAAAGUUGUGACUUGUUGAAAUCCUGAGGUUAGUUGUAACAUGCAGAAAUGUGUUUUGAUAAUUUGGCUUAUUAAUAAUCUUAUACAGGAUUACCUCCAAAAAUGUAAGAUUAUGUACAAAAUGUUCAUACCUCUAUAUUCAGAGUAUGUGCAUAUUUACAUGCAAGCAUAAUUUGUAGUCCUAUAUUUUUUUUUUCCGAUUGAACAUACAUGUUUGUGUGUCAAAAAACAUUCACUAAAAAUAAUCACAUUUUGGGGGGAUUUUACAUAGCUUACCAUUUGUGUUUUUAAUCAGAGUUGCAGAUAACUAUGAAUAUAUGAAUUGUAAUCUUAGCUUGAAAGAUAAGUAUUAUCUUACAGCAGACAUGUAGGCUAUGUUAAAGUAUUUCGAGCGUCACAAUAAAAGAAACAUGCAAAUUACAAAGAAACUUUGGCGUGUUUCACAAAGUAUUUCGGCUGUGUCCAGGUGGGAUUUUCAGUCCAGAGAAACCUAAUACUGUGAAUCAUGUUCUUUCUUGCUUUCUUAUUCUAAUUUAAAAACGUGCUUCUGA